CACUAAAGCAUCAUAAAUUAUUGUAUUGUAUUUGACUUUGCAUAAUUAGAGACUUACUGUGUACAAUGUGUCAAAUUUUUGCCAGGAGGUUAAUAGACUGCCGUGAAAGCAUUUUGGAGGGAUUAUUUGAUCUAAUUCAUUUUGAUCUAAUUCAUUGUUUCCUGAAAACUCUUUCAGGAAACAAUUUUGUGGGGAGAGCUGUGCUCCUUCGUCACAUGACCUCAGAUGCACCGUUCAACUAUGACUACGAGACGUUGGCUGUGAGCCAGCCAAGAGAUUAUGUCAAGCAAGUGGAAUUGAACAGGCCUGAGAAGAGGAAUGCUAUGAACCAGACAUUCUUCAGAGAAAUGAGGGAGUGCUUUCAUCAGUUUGCUGAGGAUGGUGAUUGCCGGGCAGUUGUGCUAACUGGAGCUGGGAAAGUCUUCUCUACAGGACUUGACCUGAUGGACUUGGCACAGAUAUACUCGGUAGACAUGGACAUUGGGCGUAAGGCUGUGUUCUUGAAACGGAAGUUGACAGAAAUGCAGGAUGCAUUUACAGCCAUGGAAAAGAGUCUGAAGCCUGUCAUCUCCGCAGUCCAUGAGGCCUGCAUAGGUGCAGGGUUGGAAAUGAUCACUGCUUGUGAUAUGCGGCUGUGCACUCAAGAUGCCUGGUUCCAAAUCAAAGAAGUGGAAAUGGGACUUGCUGCAGAUAUUGGCACACUUCAAAGAUUCCCCAAGAUCAUUGGCAAUGACAGUUGGUUGAGAGAGAUCAUCUACACAGCUAGGAAGUUUAGCAGCGAUGAGGCCCGAGAGAAAGGAUUUGUCAGUGGUGUCUUUGAGACAAGAGAAGCUAUGCUUGAGGGCGCUUUGGAUAUAGCCACCCUAAUUGCAAGCCGUAGUCCCAUUGCUGUGCGGACGUCCAAGGCCAGCGUCUUGUUCUCUAGGGACCACAGUGUAGCUGAUGGUCUCCAUGAUGUGUCAACGUGGAAUGCCAGCAUGUUGCAGAGUGAAGAUUUGAUGAAGGCAAUCUCAGCAGCUAUGCAGAAGACUGAACCCACAUUUUCAAAGCUGUAAUUUCACUGCAAUACUGAAUCAAUAUGUUGCCAUAGCAACUGAAAUAGUUCGUUUGUAUCCAUUGGUCAGUGUAUGGGAACUAGUGAACCAGAUACAAUUUGUUUGCGCAUCAAGGCAGAUAGGGUUAACACUUCCAAAUGUGUUUGCCUAUUAUUUGUGGAGCUCUUGGCUGCAAAAGGGCAUCGGUAAUGCACCAAACCUGCUUGACAUUUUAUUAUGUAAGCUUUUGCUGUAAGGGAAGUGAGCGUUCCUUUUGUGGUAAACUACCACAACUAUCGAAGUGGCUCACAGUUAUGAUUUGUGGUUCAUAAUGAGUUUUACUUGUCCUUGAUCUCUAUUUUUUCAUAAGUCGAGAUUUAAAAUUACAAAUGUCUCUCAAAUACCCUUAGUUUUGAGAGGGUUAUACAGGGAAAUACAGAGAUGGUUUUAUUUCCAUUUAUUUUUUGGAGUACCAAGCACUUUCAGUGUAGUUAAAGACAGGUAAUGAACAGCACACAAAACAAGCAGAAGAAAAUGUUUGAGUUUCAUAUUAGGUUUACUUUCAAAAGUUUAGAAUCAAAAUACUUUACAACCAAAUGGUCAUUUACAGUAACUUUUGCAAGGCAGAUGAUUUGGAAGGUAUGUAUGAUUUGGAAGGUUUGGAUGAUUUGGAAGGUAUGCUUGACUUAAAUACAUGUAAUUGAUUACAUGUAAUUAGUUAAGUGGUACCACUGUGUUGCAGGAUGUCAAACAUCAAAUGUAACAACUUGAAAAAUGUUCCAAUGAAUAUCUUAGGUUUGCAAUUUGUUAUUGACAAUAAUGUCAUAAUAAUGUAAUUGUUCCAAGGUAUGUAAAAUAACAGUUUGAGUAAAUUGGUUUUUCUGUUAGUACACGCUGUGUUUUAAGGAGAUAUUUUAUUUUCCUCAGAAAUCAUUGUCUAAUUGUUUUGCUCUGUUCACUGUAAUUUUGGUGCAAAAACUCAGAAUUCUCUGCUCAUGUUAUAAGUGCAGAAAAUCUGUGCUUGUACUGAGCACAGAAAGCCUUUCGAAAUUCCACGGUUACUCAGACCCCCUGAUAGGUUGUACAUUGUUGCUUGUAAUGUGUGGCAUUUGAGCAUGAAUUUUUUCAAAUUAUUCAGUUUUGAAAUGCAGCUGAGGUACAGGAAUGGAAACAUAUAGUUUGCAGCUCUGAAUCAGAGUAAAUAAAGUGCUUGAAUGGAAACCUGAGUGAUUUUUUGAAUGGA